ACCUGAGUUCUUCAGAAGACGGACAAAGAAAGUUUCGGAACAUGAAAAUAGGAGCUGCAGCUUUGGCCGGGGGGACUUUUGGGCUGGUGGGCACCCUCUGUUUCCUCGUGGCCUUCAGUACAGACUACUGGCUGGUAGCCGUAGACGACUGUGAGUUUCACGAGCCCACCACACCCCACCCGACACGGAGCAAAGACGCAAACAGGACAAAGACGCAGCCACACGUAGCCGUCACUGUUGCUCCUUCGAGGCUCACUCUGCACCACGAGGGGUUUUUCAGGCGCUGUGGGUUUUAUGUGGAGCCCUCGGCGCCGCCGCUCCUGGCCGCAUUCGCCACAACCCCGCUGGAGGGCAAGACGUGUUUCCGUGGUUAUCUCUUCCCGCUGCCGGUCCCACUGGGAUUCGUUCCUCGGACAGUUUAUGAUGUUACUGCAGUGUUCCGAGGGUUCUGGACCGCCCUGAUGGUGUUCGGGCUGCUCUCGGCUCUGACCGGAGGCCUGCUGCUGCUCUGUGGCGUUCCCUUCACCAGCAGCAAACUGUACCGGCUGGGCGGGGCGUUCCUCAUCGCAGCCGCCGGCCUGCUCCUGCUCCUGCUGCUGUUCUUCGUGCUCUGGAUGGAGGCGGCGGACGUGGGGAGCUACGUCCUUCAGGAGAACGGGGAAGAGUGUCCGGACGCUGUGGUCUCCGUGCAUUACGGCCUCUCCUUCCUGGCGGCCGCCGCCGGCGUCCCCCUGGAGGUCCUGUCCGGGCUGCUCUUCCUGCUGGCGGGCCGCGCGCUGCGCGCCGCCAGAUGAGCCGAAGACACGGCUCAUCGGGGGGAGGGGGUCUGGGGUCAACGUUUCUCAGGAAGUGGAAGGGAGAUGAUAUAUACGGUUUUAUAUUUGUUAAUGUUUCACAAAUAAGUGCCAGUCUGUGUUACUCCUCAACAAAAUCCACUAUGACCACUUUCAUCCGGAAGUCACUUCAUUUGUUAUAAGUGUUUAAAUUAAACCUCAGUAGAAAUAUAAUAUGUGCUGCGAUAUAGUCUAUUUUGUAAUUAUUUUUUGUCUUUUCUUGUUCAUAUAUAUUUUUUUCAUUAGAAACAGAAAACAUUGAAGAAAAAUGCAGCUUGAAGUCGCUUGAAGCUUCUGUUGUCAUAAAUGGAGAGAAAUCUUGUUCUUAAAGGGAUAGCUCGGGGUUUUCAAAGUGCAGAUGGGUUGAUGAGCAGUUAGUUUCCUACCUGCAGUAGAAAACUCUUGGUGUUUUAUUUCAUAUAAAUACAGAUUAAGUUUCCUGAGACGCGUGAAAACCUCGGCGUGUUUCUCUUCUCCGAUCUCAGGAGACUCACAGUGAUUCAUGCAAACAUCAUUUUGAGAAACAAAAUCAAACUGCUGUCAUGUUUGCAUUAUGCAGGUAUGAAGGCGAUGGUGGACCUCAGGGACUGAGCUUCGGCACCCUGGCGUAGAGCUCUUUCACUUAGACGUGUUUUUUUUAGGUUCUUGCUUUAGUUUUUCUCGACUCCCUUGAUCUUCUUGGUUAGCUCACUUUAUGAAACUGAGUAAAGUUUAUUUAUGUUUUAAACAUUUUUUUGUCAAUAAAAUCAACCUUUGACUUCAACAUCA